AUGUCUGCCAUCAACUUGCGAUUCCUCUAUCAUUUCUCAUCUAGCAAAGAAAUGUCUCGCUCACAACUACGCCCGAUAUUCUUGCUUCCAGUCGUCGGGAAAUACGGAAUUAGCGCGGAUGUUCUAGGAUGCAGGGAUCAAAUCAAAGAACGACCAGCGAGCACCGGCACCGUAAUAUGUGGAGUCGUAAUCGGAAUCUUGACUGGCCUGCUAAUACUGGGCACCGUGGUUGACAUUUUCUGCGGCAACGAUACACGAGGUCUCGUUCGAGUCGCUCGAUGUUUUUCGGCCCGCGCAAACUACCUGAGGUUCACCAAUACCACCCUGACGCCCGAAUCGAGGAGAUUAGAUUGUUUGCACGGGAUUCGAGCCCUGAGCGCACUGUGGAUUCUCUACGCCCAUGUUUGCCUGAAAGACUGGGGCAAUGUGGAUGGCAUCCUGACCCUCCUCUGGAUGUUCAAAUCCCCAUCCGGCGUGAUAUUGAAUCAGUUCGUAUUGGCCUUGGAGACAUUCUUCACACUUCUCGGCUUUUCAUUGUACAGGCUUGUCACCCAAGAGCGGAAGCGAAAUAAUAUGCCUGCAUUGAAGCUCGCGUUGAAAGUGAUCCUGCGUCGUGCAGUCAGGUACAUUGUUACGGGCAUGGGAGCCAUGGCCGUAUUCUAUGUUCUGCCUCUCAUUACUUCGGGACCAGGCAUCGACUAUAUGUAUCCGUACCUUGAGGACUUUUGUAAUGCGAGAUGGUGGUCGUAUCCCAUUUUCAUAAACAAUUUGUGGACAAUUCAAGACAUCUGCGUCGAGAACCAGUGGUACACCGCAGCAGAUAUGCAGAUUGUUUGCAUACUCAUUCUACCCAUCUGUUUGCUAAUCCGGGAGCCAGGCAAGGGCAUCCGAAUCCUUCUAUAUCUUGUCGGGGGCUCGAUGGUGUACGCUGCGAGUCUGACGUAUUACUAUGGCGCGUCUCCGAUAUUUUUGCUGCUACCGAACCAAGCAAUAGCGUCAUUGCAAUUGCUAUCCCACCUGCACAACCAUAGCCUCGCCCACCUGAGCCCGGCAGCCGUCGGUGUCCUCGGUGGAUAUCUCAUCGACAAAUAUAGAGAUAUCGAUCUCGGGAAAACCGUGUACAGAGCCGGUUGGAUCUUAUACAGUGCUGUCAUAAUCGCUUUCGGAAUGGGCUUAAUCCGCUGGUUUCUGAGCCGUCCGAAUUUCAUCGUCCUCAGUCGAUUAUCCUUGAGCUUUUACCUGAUGCAGUGGCCGGCCCUGUGGCUUUCCAUGUUCUCCACACGGAAUCCGUAUUCCGCCUCUCAUUACCAGCAUAUAAAAGGAGGGGAUCCGAGAGCGAAGCUCUGCACCCGCUCGAGCGACGAGAGCUCGAGCUUCGAACGGGCUGUAGAGACUCCCUGGGAUAGAGUUGAAAGGAGGCGUCAGGGUUUCGGCGAAGAAUCUGUGGAGCACCGGAGAGUCGCCCUCACAAUAGAUCAAUCUCCUGGAAGGGUAAAGAUCGAGAGAACCUCCGACUACUGCUCCUUGGCACUGACUACGAUCAGAUUAACGCUCCAUGCCAUCAGCGUGGUGAAUGAUGGCCGAGAUGCCUGA